GUCACAGCCACAGUCCCGUUCGUACGUGUCACCCGUUCGGUCCGACCAGGAGCCUCUUCCCCGCAGGGCUAAACCCAGUACCAGAUGCCGAUGUGUCCAUCCAUAGGAGCGUCCAGAUCGGUUAGGCCCUAAAAUCAUGCAGCUCGUACAGAUAGUGACCGUGUUCAGCUGUAUCGUUUUACAGCUUCAAUCAGUGGAAGGUCUACCGCCGUUUUUCGGGAGUUCAAUUUUCGGAGGGCGGGUGGAGAAACCACUGAUGGCACUAUCGCUAGAAUCUAGCGAGACGGCAGCAGCGCCGGCUUCCGACCAGCUUGAUGACGAUGAUUACGAUUAUGCUGAUGUCGAUGAUGGUGAUGAUGUCGAUGAUGGUGAUGAUGAUCGAAGGGAAGGGUUUUUCCCACUGACCAGCUAUCAGCUGAGGCAGCUAACCAGCUCCAGGCGGUUUUACGAUAUGGUGCUGGGCGUGCUGGGCGUGAUGGAGACCGAAGCGCGCCACCAGGUGCAACGUGCCCGGGACCGUAAGCAGGAAAUCGUGCGAUCAGCAAACGGUGGGGACGAUCGGCCGACGUCCGAAGAGCAGCCGGCGUAAUGUGUUGUCAAUUUUGUGCUGAUGAAAGGAAAACUAUACACUACCGAACUAACGAUAGGGAUGCCGUAUAAGUAAGGGAGAGAAGGAAAGCGAGAGAGACAGGGAGAGAGAGAGAGAGAGAGAGAGAGAUAGAGAUAAAGAGAGAGAAACAAACGAACAAUAUGAUCCACCAAACUGGAUCGGAGGGCAAUCCGCGUGAACCCGGGCGCGAGCCGCGCUGCAGUUGACAUUGAAUUCCAAUUGAAAUAAACUUGUACCUUAUUGACAAAAGGCCGUGACGGUGGUGAUGGAGGACCAACGCGAAAGA